AUGGCCACAUAUUGCGGGCCGGGCGAUUACGGCAAUGAAUGCUGGAAGGCUCGAUCAGGCCCCAAGGAAAAGCGUUGUGCAAAUAGUACCUUGGAUUUGUAUUUUGCGGUAGACUUUUUCUGCUGCGAUCAGGACACGAAGGGGUUCGAGGUCAACUCGAACGAUUUUGUCGGGAUCAAUCGCUUCUUCUUCGCCGACGAUAUCGUCUUCAAUAGCACCGUCAACAUCCUCAUCUACCACCACAACUACAUCGCUCUCAGCAUUAUUGUCCACUUCAAUAGUGACCACAACUACUGA